AACUUUUUGUUUUGAUAUUCCUAAUAACAAACCAAGACGACGUGUUAACACCUAACACUAAAUGUUAAGUUUUAUCUUUAGUAUGUAUUUUACUGAUUAAUGAUUAUACCUAUGAAUUCAAAGAUAGUUCAUACCAUGGAUUCCACCAGUUAUAUUCAGAGUUGUGUAGUUUUUAUUUAAUCAUUUUCAACUUAUUCUAUUAAUUGAUCAAAAACCUUCAAAAUGACUGACUAUUCAAGAUUUGAAGAUGAUAUUAUUGUAAACUCAUAUCAUGCCCAAUCACCUAACCGCAAUGGAGACGUUCCAUUAAGUAUUAAUGAUUCAACAAUACCAAAUGAAGAUGGUGAAAAUAUAGAUUUAAGAAAUCACUUUGACGGUCGUCUUGAUGUGAUAUUUAGUGAUGGUGAUCGUAGAAUAGAUGUAAAUCAGUUUUGGGAGAUGAACUACCAUGAAGCAUCUAUAUUUUUAGAAGAAGGAGAAAAUAAUGAAAAAUUUGAUUCUCAUCCACACGAACCUGAAGCUCUUCCAGCUUAUCUAUUGGUACAUAAUGACUGGUACUAUGGAAUGGAUUUGGCUACAUCAUUAGUCCUAAUUGUAUUAGCAUUCGCUGAAGAUCCGGCUACGCCACCAUUUAAAAUGCCAAUUGCUCUACAUAGUAUUAUUGAACUAUUUUCCUUGGCAGUGAUUGGCCUUGGUUUAGCAUUGAAACUUAGAUGGAUGGGUUGGUUAACAAUUUUGAAACACAAACGAACCAUGUUAAAAUGUAUAACGUUGACAAUUAUGAUUGUUGAAGCAUUUGUAGUGUUAAUACGUCAAACAUCUCAUUUCCGAGUAUCAAGAGCAUUGCGGCCAAUUUUUUUAGUGGAUACUCAUUACUUAGGUGGUGUUCGGCGAUUUAUUCGACAGAUACUUCAAUCAUUACCUCCAAUAUUUGAUAUGUUGUUAUUGAUAUUUUUUUUUGUCACUGUAUAUUCUGUGCUUGGAUAUUAUUUAUUCAAAAGUACCACAGAUGUACACAAUCACUUUGAUACUUUAUUUAACAGCUUUGUCAAUAUGUUUGUUUUAUUAACUACAGCCAAUUUUCCAGAUAUCAUGAUGCCAGCUUAUUCAAAAUCUAAGUGGUAUUCUUUGUUCUUUAUUUCAUACUUAUGCAUUGUAUUAUAUCUCCUCAUGAAUUUGAUGUUGGCUGUGGUUUAUGAAACAUUCACUAGUAUUGAAAGAGAUAAGUUCCGAAAAUUACUAUUACACAAACGUCAAGCAUGUAAGAAUGCAUUUAAGCUACUUUUGACCAAAGAAAAUCCUAACCAAAUGGAGUUUGCUCAGUUUGAAGGAGUAAUGAGAUAUUAUGCCCCCAAAAAAAGUAACCGAGAUUUAUUAGUUAUGUUUAGAUAUUUAAACACAAGUGGAACUGGUUCAUUGACCAUUGAAGAAUUUUAUGGGAUAUAUGACUCUGUAAUGAUGACUUGGCAACCACAAGCUUUAGAUACACCUUGGUACUUCACAGCAUCCCCAGCAGUACAAAGAAUUUGUCAAACUGCAAAUUCAAUCAUUUCAUGGCCAUACUUUGAUCACAUAUUUUACGUUUUAACGACAUUAAAUGGUAUUGCAAUGAUUGAACGAGGAAUGCAAUCUUAUCCUAACUUACAAACUUCAGUAAUUGCAUUUAGUGCCGGAUGGGACACUUGCUUCUUCUUAGCAUGUUUUACUCUAGAAGUAGCAUUGAAGACACUUGGCAUGGGAUUAGAACGUUAUUUUUCAUCUGGCUGGAAUUUAUACGACUUUGUUGUAACCUUUGGAGGUUUGAUUGCUGUAAUAUCCCUACGUCUAUUUCCAGAUUUUGUCUAUGUAGUCGUUUUUAGACCACUUAAGUUGUUACGAUUAUUCAAAUUAAAAAAACGCUAUCGAGACAUUAUUGGUACUAUGGCGAUUUUAUCACCUUUAAUUAAAUCAGCUGGAUGUGUUAUGCUUGUCAUGUAUUAUUUUUUUGCCAUAAUUGGAAUGGAACUGUUUGCUGGCUAUGAUAUGAGAAAUUGUUGCAAUGGCACAAACAUUGAAACAUAUUAUAAAUACACGCCUGACAAAUCUGGUUAUUAUUAUUUAAACACUUUUCCUAAUUUGGCUGUCAGUCUUGUAACAUUAUUUGAAUUGACGGUUGUCAAUAAUUGGUUUGUUGUGAUGAAUGGAUAUGCGACAAAAGUUCAUGCUGCUAGUCGAGCAUACUUUGUAUUAUUUUAUCUCUUUACCAUGGUUGUGUUAACUAUAGUUGUUGCAUCAGUUCUUGAAGCUUUUAGGUUCCGAAUUCAAUACAAAAAGCAAACUACAAAACGAGACGAGGAAAAAUUGCUCCACGAGGAAAUUGAAUUAAAAUGGGAAGAUGUUAUGAAUUAUGUGAAAGAUUUCCAAGCAUUGCAAAAAUACAGAUCAGAUAUGUUUGUUGGAGUUGGUAAAAUAUCAUUUUUGGGAAGUCGACCGAGAAAUCGUCAAGUAUUACAGCGACGAAUGUAUCGACAUGAAAUUGAACAAUGGAUGCAAGAAGCAGCUGCUAUUGAUAAACGUCUAUAA